UAUGUAUCACUUUAUAAUAGUAAUCAUUCAGAGUUCUUUAAAACCUAACUAUGUAUCUUUAUAAAAACUCUUCAACAAUUUUUGAGAAAAUUGUCAAAUUCAUGGUGCUAGUUUGUGGAAGUAUUUAAAUUAUUUGCCUGAGUCGAUUUGUGGCUAUAGUUCUAAUCGAAUCCUUGGCCGAAAAUAAAAUCAGGUCCAUUCCGGUUUGAAACGAAUGAUUUGGGGAAAUUUUCGUACGCAAUUGCAACGAAAACAAUCAAAAUUGUUGGAAGAGGUUACUUCAAAUAUGAUUUGUAAGAUUUAUGGCAUGCGGUAAUUUGAAUAUUUGAUAGUAAAUUAUCGGUAGAGCUUAUCAAGAGACCUGCUAAGACUUCCAAACCAAAAUGUGAAUGAAAAUGUAAGUUAGUGCAUAAAUCAGGCUCGUAUACAUACAUAUUAUUUUGCUAUAAAUAAAAAUGAACAUUGAACUAACAAAACUGAGAACUGAGUUUGUUAAAUGCAACUAACCGUGUCUGCACUAGUAGCUAGUAUGACACGCGCCUUUGCGACAAUCUGCUGAUAAGCAACCAAUGUGUAUACAUACAUACAUACAUACUCGACGUGUCCAGUUAUAAAGAUAAUUUAUUGGGGAAACACCUAUAGUGCCACAAAGAAACAUUUCUUAAAAUACGUUAUAUUACGAGCGGAAGGUUGUGGGAGGCAACAACUUGCGAUGUGGAAACUCAAUGGCUAGGUUGUGAGUCGCACGCGUAUAUAAAAAAUAUGGAGUUUAUAUAUUUAAUAUGCUGUGUCAACACAUUGGAAUUUGGUGAGUAAGGCACGAAGAUUGUGAGGCUAGGAGACGCCGUGCAUUCGCACUCAUAUACAGUGAAACAGUAUAAACUUGUACAAGUCAAUAAACCUACAUAUGCACAAAACACUAAAAUGUUCUAACUGGUAUUGAAUUUAAAAAUCGGUGGGCAAGCAGUUGAUAGCAAUUUUAAUGAAGGCGCGCAUUGAUAAGAUAAAAGGCCAGUUGUAUGCGCAGACGUAGACAUCUCAGUUGCCGUAGACAUGAACUUCAAGCAGGCGACGCUGCUUUCUGCCCACAUUACUGACCAAAUGGCAGCAUGCUUAACGAAAUCGGCCGAAAGUAAUGUGUACGUUAGUGUCAACGUCGUUAAAUUCCCACAUGUUCGUACAAGGCAACUUUAUCUUAUCAAUAUCACUGUGUCUCUGUCGGCUGCAGGCGUGACUAGUCAUCACUGGGUUACCUAUAAAAUGGGCAAGCUCAGCGUCAGCAACGACAAAGCGCAGAUAGACCCGAAAGUGUAUGAAACUAAUUGAAAACAGCGAAGCAAACAAGCUAUUGGAAUAUAUAUACUGAUUGUACGAAAUGCGAAUUCUUCUCGCGUCCAGAUAAUUGUGAAAUUGUGCGCAUUAAAGUGUAAACUGAAAGUAAAACAAAAAAAUAUACGUGAACGCCACUUAACAACGGAGAAUUGUGUGUGGAACUGUAUUGAGUUACAACAACAAAUCAUGUUAGUCAGUUGGAAAUGUAUUUUUCUAAUAUUAUGUAUAAUAUUCAUACAAACAAUGGUGGUACUGAGCACAAAUGCACCGUUGUCGACUAGAAAAGCCCAACUAGCCGGCAUGAGUCCAAGGGCAGCAUGGGGAUUUCUGGAGAAUCAACGUGGUAAAAACGAAAAAAGCAAGGCAUGUACACCAAAAUUAUUGGCGAAACGCGAGGCAGUGCCACAUUCGGCUCCCUAUAUCGUAUCAAUACAACGCAUGACACCAGAUGACGGCCUCGUACAUUAUUGCGCAGGCACUAUAAUUCAUGAGAACUGGAUACUAACAGCAGCUCACUGCCUCACCUCAGAUGAAACAGUGGAGAACUCCAUCAUUGUUGCCGGCUGUCAUGAUCUACGUGGCACCGAAGAAGGCGACUGUGUACAGGUGCGCACAAUUGAUCAUUAUGUGCGACACGAGCUCUAUCUUGGAGGCAUUAAUCCAUAUGAUAUCGCGCUCAUCUACACCAAACGACCGUUACAAUUUACAGAGCAUGUGCAACCAGCCCAGUUGCCAGAACAGGAUGUGCUGCCAGUUGGUAGUGGUACAUUUUAUGGUUGGGGUAAUAUUUCGAUGACAUUGGUACCCAAUUAUCCACAUCGUUUGCAGGAAGCUGAUAUGCCCAUAUUGGAUAUGGAAAUAUGUGAACGUAUAUUAGCAGGAUCUGGUUUGCAACUGCACGAGACUAAUCUGUGCACAGGGCCACUAAAUGGUGGUGUCAGUAUCUGUACUGCUGAUUCUGGUGGACCUCUAAUGCAGCCUUGUUGUGAUGGUUUCGAGGAAGGUUACACAGUUAUUGGCAUAGUGUCCUGGGGUAAAAUGCCUUGUGGCCAGAAGAAUUCUCCAUCUGUAUUUGUACGUGUUUCAGCGUUUACGCAUUGGAUUAGUGAUAUUAUCACAACGGUAACACAGUUCGAGUAAACAUAGGCGAACACUUAAGGAGAGAGAAUUUAGAUAAUGCUCAAAAUUAUAAACUGAAUGGUGUAAUGCCAAAAACUGCAUGGCCUGAAACCGGCUGAUCGUCUGAUUGUUGGAAAAUAAAAUCUCAUGAAUAUAGAAUAGAAACUGUAGUAUUAAUGAAAGUAGUAAUAUGUAAAUAUCUAUAAUACCAUAUAGUACAACUAUUUUAUUUAAAAUUUUAUAAAAUGAAAAAUAUAUACUUAACUACCACAGGUAUUAACAAAAAAUUCUCACAAAAAAAAAAAAGAAAAGAAAAAAAACUCGAAAAAUAAACAUAAAAAAUGUAAUAAAUACAACCACAUAUAUAUUAUACUAAUAUACACAAAUACAUGUUUUUAAAUUCAAUUUAAGGAUACAAAAAUACAUAUAUAUUUAUGUAUGUUUGUAUAUAACUAAACCUUAUAAAGCCUUUUGAAAGUUUAAUUUACGACUCAAUAACAACAUAAAUAAUAAAUUGGCAUAUAUUAUACAUAUUUAUAAAUUAUGACUUUACUUAAAUAUGUCAGCGCCGUGUUACGCAUUAUGCUAGCCUCCGAUACUUAUCACGCGAUUCAAAAAAGUACAAUUAAUGCAUAAUAUGUCUAGAUGAUGCUUCAGAAAAUCACCAUACCAUAACAAAGAUUUUAUGGCGGCGAAAGAUUUUAUGUUUAAAUAAACGUAGUGUGGCAAAAAGGAGCCCUUUAGUAGUCUUGACUUCUAAAUUUCAUUUUUUAAUUUGAGAAAUAUCAAUUUCUACUUAACUUAUUUUGUUUACUCAUAAAGGCAACAGUUUGCCACACAAAGUAUACAUAUGUAGCAAAUUUACUGCUUACAAAAAUAGUUUAUUCUUUUUUGGUUUUGGUCCCCUUUGCUAGACGUUGAUGUUUGACGAUGACUAUCUCGUAAGCACUUAAUCGAAAGACCAGACCAUUUUUGUAGAACAAAAGAUUUCCUUAAAUUCA